UGGAAACAUAAAUCUACAAGGAGGAUUUUAUAUGAUAUAUAAAUUAAUUCAUUUGUUUUAAAGUCUUAUUAUUAAUAUUAUUAUUAAUUCUCCUUCAAAGCAUCAUGUGAGCCCCAGAAGGACAGGAAAUACAUGCACAGGAGGAGGAAAUGUCUCUGUCCAAUGGAGACUGACAUCACCUCCUUUGUGCUCCGAAUGACAAGCGCUCAAACCUAUGAGUGACCCUCCGCGUGCGCAGUCCCUGUUAUUGGCAGACGUGAGGCCAAUGCUGUGGUGCUGAGACCAGAGUGUGCUGGAGCAGAGAGGAGCGUUUUUCUGUGGGAGAAGUUAGCUGGAGGUGGUGAAGAUGGCGGAUGGAGACAGUGGGAGCGAGCGCGGUGGUAGUAGCGGCGGUGGCGGCGGCGGCUUCCAGCACUUCCAGCGGGAGCAGGAGACCCAGGAGCUGGCGUCCAAGCGCCUGGACAUCCAGAACAAGCGCUUCUACCUGGACGUCAAGCAGAACUCUAAGGGUCGCUUCAUUAAGAUAGCGGAGGUGGGCGCCGGGGGCUCCAAGAGCCGCCUGACUUUGUCCAUGUCCGUAGCGGCGGAGUUCCGCGACUACCUCGGGGAUUUCAUUGAGCACUACGCCCAGCUGGGGCCCAGCAGCCCGGAGCAGAUCGCACAGUCCUCCGGCGGCGAGGACGGCGGCCCAAGGCGGGCGCUCAAAAGCGAGUUCUUGGUGCGCGAGAACCGCAAAUACUACCUCGACCUGAAGGAGAACCAGCGCGGGAGGUUCCUGCGAAUCCGGCAGACCGUCAAUCGAGGGCCUGGCUUCGGAGUCGGCGGCGGCCCCGGCGGUGCCGUGCAGGCCGGCCAGACUAUCGCGCUCCCGGCUCAGGGCCUGAUCGAGUUCCGUGACGCCCUGGCCAAACUCAUCGACGACUACGGCGGCGAGGACGAGGAGCUGAGCGGGGGGCCCGGCGCCCCGGGGGUAUACGGAGAGCUGCCCGAGGGCACCUCCAUCAUCGUGGACUCCAAGAGGUUCUUUUUCGACGUCGGCUCCAACAAGUACGGGGUGUUCCUGCGGGUUAGCGAGGUCAAACCCAGCUACAGGAACUCCAUCACCAUUCCCUUCAAAGCCUGGGGUAAGUUUGGAGGAGCCUUCUGUCGUUAUGCCGAGGAGAUGAAGGAGAUCCAGGAGAGACACCGGGAUAAGAUGUACGAGAGGAGAGAAGAGUCGGAAGGGGAAGAUGUGGACGAUGACUGACAUGUAGAGUUCAAUAGGUGUAUGAGAAACGAGAAGUGCAUGAAUUGAACUGAAAUAACCUACAAAGAUAUUGUGGCAUACUAUUCAUUUGACAGAAAAAUAGAUCUGUGAAGUUUAAAGGUGGGGGGUGGGGGUCAUUUAUAAGAAGCCAUGGGCAAAGGAUGUUUCAUAUGUGGGGCUGUCAUCAGGGGUCUCCUUGUCCUGUGCCCCAUGAAGUAGGGGCCCUCAAUGAUAAUUAGAUUUUGUUAAUCAGAUUAAUUUAUUUCUGAAAAAUUUAUGCUGCCCUGUCCUGUUAAACCAGCAAGUUUAAUUGUCUUAGUUAACAAUUAAACCUUUAGUACACCCAACACUAAGACUUCUGAAUUUGAAACACAGUCGACACGUGAAUAUCAGGCUAUUUGGGUGCAUACUGUCCAACAGAUUUCAUGGGGAAAAAUGUAAUAUAGAUAUUCAGUGUCACUGGUCUUCAUAGUGCGUUUCUAACAAAGGCAGCAUGGGACUUCACAACUGUUAUCAAAAUGUGCAAUUUGAAGAAUGUCAUCAUUACAUUGUGACGUGACUACAGAAAGUUGUGUUCUCAGAUUAUAAUUUUUUUUCUUUUACAGACCGAUGUUCCCAAGGGUCUCCUGAGUUAUUGUUUUAGGAUGUUUGUUUUCUUUAGGCUUCAUUUGAAAAGCCACGUAUCCAUCUAAAUUUAUGCAAGAGUUUUAUGACUUGCUGAUUUUAGAAUUAAAUGUUUUACAUUUAGAUUUGGAGGGAAAUAUCUUUUAAAGAGAGAGUUCAACAAAAAAAUUAAUAACUCUGUCAUUGUUCCAAACCUGUGUGACUUUCUACUAUACACAGUACCUAAUCACCAUUCACUUCCAUUGUAUAUUUUGUCCAUACAGUGAAAGUGGAUGGUGACUGUCUGAAGCUAACAUUCUGUCUCAUUUUUUAUUUCACGGAAGAAAGAAAGUCAUACAGGCUUGGAACAAUGCGAGGAAAAUGUCAGUGAUGACAAAAUAGAAAUUUUUGGGUGAACUAUCCCUUUAAACAUGAACGUUUCAACCCCUGUUUUGUGUUCAGAGGGUCUCAAAGAAUUUAAAUCGGAAGUCAGAAUCUGUCUAGCAGUGACUUCAUUCUACCGGAAGUUUUUACUCUUCCAGUGUUAUAAACUGAAACUAUGGCUGCAGCCUGCAGGGAACCUAUGGGAUAUUUAGGGUUAGGGUCAACAUACAAAGAGCUUUUUUCUUGACUUGGGUCCAAAUCUUUCUGACUAUGUUGGACAUAAGGUCCCCUCUGAAUAUUUAAAGACAGAUUGCAUAAGUCAGUAGAAUUAUAGCGUGAUAACACACAACAUCAAGCUACAUGAAUUUGUGUAUUUUUACCCCUCUCCCUUUUUUGUGGUGUUGUUGUUUUGUUUUUUAAGAUCAUUCUAUAUGAGAGAAUAUGUAAACAAACCAGCAUAUUUUUGAAUACACAAAGUAAAAGUUAUAUAUAAAGUAAAGAAUUAUUAAAGCUCAAGAAGCUAAUUAAAAAAAAAAAAAAAACAUAAGCUGGGAUUGAAAAAUUGUCCAGUGUAGUAUUAUAAUUAUUAUUAUUUUUUUUUUUUGUGGAAGAGUAUAUUAUCAUAAUUCAAGGACGUCAAUAGGAAUGCAUCUAUUACUGCACAUGACAGAUUUUUAGUUCAAUGAAAUGUCAUCCCCCUAGCCCCUCCCAUAAUCCUCUUGAGUUUACAGUGUGCACAUCAUUAUGUUUUUUGUUUAUUGAUAUCAAAAGUCUUCAGUGGUCUUUUAGUAUGUCCAUUUCUGUGCGUGCCCGUCCCGCAUUUGCCUUUUAUUUAAUUUAUUGCUUUUCUUGCAUAGUAACUGCAACUAUAUUAAUGCAACAUGUUUUUUUUGUAAUUAUUAUUCAUUAAAAGAGAAGCAUAUACUGGGCUAAAAAUUGUCCAAGUGUCUCACCAAAAAUAUGCUUAAAAAUAACCAAGUAGACCAGUGGGUUAUGAUGAAGAAAGAUUGUUACAUUGAAAAUAUUUCAUCUGUGCACUUCUGUUUUCAUUCUGUGACAUUCUUGAUGUCCACUGCAAAGAAUUGAACAAUUUUUAUUUGGGAGCAACAGUGUUUUUUGUUAAUGUGCAUAGCUUACUUUGACCAUCCGUACUGUUUCAUGUUAAAUGGCAGCUGUUUGAGUCGUGUACACUGCUGUGAUAUAUCAAGAUCCUACCGAAAUUAUUUGUUAAAAGUCGAAAUUGCAUCAAGCCAAGUAUGAAAUCAAUUGAUUGAUUUUCUAAAGGGAUAGUUAAUUUCUGAAUGGUGCAUUUCAGAAUUUUCAUUUUUGAGUGAACAAUCCCUUUAACAUAGCGAGUUUUUACACACUAUCUGUAAACUGCAACUAAAAUUGUUAGCGGGGGCCAUUAUGCCUGAUUCAUCCAGAUUCAUUUUCUGUACAUCCACAAUUGCGGCAGCUGUUCCUUCGCAAGCUGACUUAGCAGGCUGGCUAUUUUAAUGCGAGAAGCAUGAGGAGGGUAUGCAUUCCUGCUCUGGUGGCCGUGGAUUCAGCUGUGGUGUUGGCUCUGAAGUGUUGAGAGGGACAAGGGCCCGAUUGUUGAGCCAUCCACUCGCUACUGCAAAUGCUAUUACGUCAACAGACUGCAUUUACUGCAUGUGACAAGGCUGCAGCAGCCAUGUAGUGGGAAAUCCAGAAAACAUGUCAUUGAGUUUUGCUUGAUAUGCGGCAUGCAGGGUUUUUAGUGAUCCAAUGAACUUUGGCUCAAGUGAUUCGGCUUGUUAAUAAUAAAUAGCUGGCACUCUUAUGGUAAAGUGUGUAGACUAACUAUACAAAACAGUGCCUGAUUUGGCAGCCUGAACGCCAAGUGUGACACAGCAGCUUUUGGCAGGACAUUCUUGCGUCCCACCCCGACCCUCCCUCCUCAACUGCUGUUCCGAUUGCUCCACUAAACCGAGCAUUUGUAAAUGGGAGGCACCCUUUAGGAGUCAAGGGGGUUCGAGAUAGCUUUACAUCACGACUCGCUGCUUUUUUGCAAACUCUCUGUAGGAAGGAGUUUUGGAAUAGUUUUGUGGCUCUUCAGCACUUUGUGGUUACAGUGGCGUGUCAAAAUCAACAAUAGCACCAUUUAUAGAUCAUAAUAUGCAUUUGUUUUGAUUGUAUAACUUAUUAAUGCUGUAUGCUAAAUUCAGAGAGUUUAAGAAGGCCAUGACGUAUAUAGUGAAUGUGACAUUCUGAGGAACCAAGAUUGUUGAUUAAUUUUGCUUCUAUGGUUUCUUUACAGUUCGUAAAUCACUGACAAUAAGCCAUUUUGAGUCUUUUUCUUUACUUUGAGGGCGUAUAACUGCGAAGAUUAAAGGCAAGGGUAUACUUCGUUUUUCUGCAUGCCGUUCCUUCUCGCACACUUUCGAGCGCUCAGCCUUUCAAAGUAGAUGCGUUUGACGCAUGCGCACUUUGAUGAUGCGGACAGUCCACGCAAACUGUGCUGAUGAUGAAAUCUGCUCCACUCGCACUGUGCAGAAGACGAAGUAUACUUUGGCCUUUAUGCAAACACUAGGCAACUAAAUGUCAAAAGUGGAGUAGAAUAUUGCAGCACUUUUUGGAUGACCAGUCCAUUUGAAAUUGAUUUGGGCACAAAUCGUAAAGCAAGAGUGAAAACCAGAAAUGGACUUUCUUUUGACUAAAACUUAGCUGUGUUUGUUUCAGAUGUAUUAUGUGAGUUAUGUAUAUAUAUAUAUAUAUAUAUAUAUAUAUAUAUGUAUGUGUGUGUGUGUGUGUGAGAAUAUGUGCUGUAAAGCUUUGUGUUUUGUUAGCGCCUUAACGCUAAGAAAUCAGGGGCAGGAAGCGAUACUCAUCCAGAGGGAUGGGGUAAUGUGUUCAUUUCCUGUCAGGGUCUUCACCGACUCUCACAAUUGGCCGAUUUGUCUUCCUGUUUCCUAAAGUUAGGAUAUGUGCAAAAGUCCAGUGGGGCAUCGCCUUGUGUCUGAAUGCUUUUGAGUGAACAAUACCUCUGUUCGAAAUAUCAGAACUUUUCGAAGAAUAUUACGUUAUUCCAGGUGAUUCACCCGAGCUCUUAACAGCAUCCGUGUGUCAACCACUGUCUUUUCGAACACUGUUUUCCUGGUCGUACGCACAAGCUUCACUAUUCAUAGAACAGUCUUUUUCAAAAAGGUAGCUAUUUUUCCAAUAUAUCUCAUGUUUUCAGCAGAGAUUUUAACAUCGGAAUGCCCUUGUCUGGUUUAAACUCAGGUUCUUGGCAUUCUCAAUAUAUGUGUAUAUGUAUGCGUAUGUAUAUAUAUAUAUAUAUAUAUAUAUAUAUAUAUAAUCACAAUCUGUUACAUAAUAUUGAAGGAGAGAGUUCACAGGCUACAGCUCAGGUCUCAGAUACUCAAAGUAUCUCCGCCCAUCAAGCCCUGCACCCACACCAGACUGCCUCCAUCAGAACUGGCAGUCUUCCAUUUUUCCCAUGGCUACACCAUUUGUUUUAUUUAUUUUUUGUUUUUUUAGAUUUACAAGUCUAUAUUUAGAAAAUGCUAUGUAUGUUUGUAACAGAAUAAAGGAAAUUAUAAAUGA